AUGGACGACGAAUUUGAUUCGGGAAAUCUAUUUCAGGACCCAGAAGGGUACUAUCCUGAAGAUGAGCCGCCCACAUUUGCCGAGCACUCCAUGCUAUCGGGCCAGAAAGUGCGCGUCCGUCUUGUGGGUAGCCACCCCCUCUACGGAAAUUUGCUAUGGAACGCUGGCCGAACCAGCUCUCAUUAUAUUGAGCAACACACGGAGGAUCUCAUCCGAAACAAGGAUGUCCUUGAGAUUGGUGCCGCAGCAGGCGUUCCCAGCAUCGUGAGCGCCAUCCAGGGCGCCCGGACAGUGGUAUUGACCGAUUAUCCGGAUCCGGAUCUAGUUGAAAACAUGAAGUACAACGCAGAUUUGUCGGCCAGUGCCAUUCCCGCGAGAGAAGACGGAAAGCCCCGCCUCCACGUCGAUGGCUACAAAUGGGGCAGCGAUGUGAGCCCGCUGCGGGCGUAUCUCCCCCCUGCUGCCGAUGGCUCUCCAUCCUUGUUUGACGUCUUGAUCAUGGCGGAUGUGGUAUACAGCCACCGCGAGCACCCGAAUCUGAUCAAAACCAUGCAGCAGACCAUGAAGAAGGACCCGAAGUCUGUUGCUCUGGUUAUUUUCACCCCCUACCAGCCCUGGCUGUUGUCUAAGACCGAGCAGUUCUUCCCGUUAGCCGAGGCGAGCGGCUUCACUGUCAAAAAGAUCUUUGAGAAGGUGGUGGAUGCGGUGCUGUUCGAGAAUGACCCUGGCGAUGAAAGGCUCCGAAGAACCGUGUUCGGAUAUGAAAUCCGAUGGGCGCAGGAUCAAUUGGAGGAUUCAUCCAAAGCUGUUUAA